GGCGGGGGCAGCAGUAGCUGCAAGUGCAUUAAUAUCAAAUUGCAAUUUGCAUACGGACUACGGAGGAAGUGCGGAUGAGCUUAAACAUUUUCCCUCCAUCACAUUAAGCCAGAGGCCUUCAUCCUGAAGUCUUCACGUCACCGUUCAAGCAUAAGAUGCAAUGGGUGGACCAGCAGACGGCACCAAACUCAUUCAGAGUCUAAAGACCGAUCUAAUAAAAGCCUUGGGUGAGGAUCCGGAUUUUGUCCUGCAGCACUGCCAUUCCCAGAAAAUAUUGUCUAAUAAUGAGUAUAACAAUAUCAAAGACACUCACAAGAGAUCCGAGCAGAUUCGGGAUAUCCUGGACUAUGUGAUUAACAAGGACGACAAAUGUGCACUGAAAUUCCUAAGGCUGCUAAGAAGACAAGACAUGCAAGAGACAUUUCCAGACCUGCAAGUGCUUCUGUCUGAUCUGUCAAUCGGCAAACGAAAAAUACAAGAAUCCACAGAAACGACAACAAAGAGGAAACAGGAUCUGCUGGAAAACAAUGUUAACCUAAAGAAGCCGCGCAUGACCAACUCCAGAUUGGUGACCGAGAAGGAGAUGAUGAUGGUGGCCCGCUGGAUUGGGAUCAGCUGGAGGCAGGUGGGCAUAACGGCACUAGAUAUGAACACCGUUAUGCUUCAACAGAUAGAAGAGGACAACAGGCAACACACUGACCGUGUUUUCGCCAUGUUGCGACGAUGGAGCAUGCGUGAGAGGAAUGACGCCACGCCGGGCCGUCUGUAUGACCUUUUAACCCAAGAGGAGAACGGUGUGGACCCUCUGAAAAUUAACUUCCUGCUGGAAAGCAGUUGAGGCCACUGUGAGCACUGAGUAAUACAAGUAGCAGUUUGCACGUGCAAACAUUCAACCACACCACUAGAGGGAGCUAUGACUGCUAUUAAGUUACAAUGGAUGUUUCCUUAUUGUGUUGUAGUUUUUUGUGUUGUUUGUUUAGUAAAGGGUAUAUCAAAGUACGAUUAUAAGCUUAAACGCAACAAGAUAACAUAUCAUGUGGGUGUUUUUUAAUGUUUGUAUUUCAAACCUAAUGCCCAGAUUCUUAGGUUAUUUCAACAUUUGCUUAAACUUUGUUUUCAAUUUUGUUUUUCAGAAUUUCUUUUUCAAAGGAAUGAAUUAUGCCAGGAAUUAAUUAGCCAGUGGAGCUUUGUGUGUAGCAUGUCUUUUUCUUUUCAAAAAAAGUUUUAUUUAUGUGUUUAUAUGGCAUUAGCUCACCAUAUUUGUUUUUCUGUUAUGCUUAUUUUACAUGAGACCAAAAAACAUGUACAAUGUUAUUUUUUAAACCAUGUUUGCACUUAAUGUACAUGAGACAUAAUCACUAUUUUCUCAGGUGAGCCUGGUUUGUACUAUGCCAUCCCAGUUUUCCAGCUAUAAUAAAUUCAACAAAACUGUACAUUUCCUUUUUGUUAAACAAACGUGAAAGCUUUUAUCUGAGUUUUAAAACUUGAACUAAUUCCAUGAACAGAUAAGGAAGGCCUCAUGUUUAUGACAGAAGUUUUGAAAGAUUUAUGUUAAGAUUUAACCGCUAUCUGGCAACGUUGUGGCGACCUUUGAUCUCUCGCGCAAGUAUCACGUUGUUUCACCCUGAUGCAUUUUCACCCGGGUGGUUCACCCGUGUUCACCCUUGUUUUUCCUGCCAAGCAGGUGAUGGGAUUAGAGGCGGAGCUUUGUACUAUUCCAUUGCGCAGGCUAGUUAUUGAACAGCAUCUGGCCUUGUCAUUUUGGAUUAUAAAAGCUUUUUUUUUUCUUUCCAACCUGACACGAGUGCAUUCAUUUCAAUGUCAACAAGCUUAAAUUAAUGGAAAAAUUAUGUGUGGAUUCAUUCUGACAUUGUAAAAGCUAUUUUGCUACAUAUCAUUUCUGUUUUGUAUAUGAUUUAUGUUUCUGGUGAUGGGAUCAUUUUAUUUUAAGUAAAAAGAAGAAAAAUAAAUAUGA